GUCGAUCGUUAUAUUGUACUGUACAAAAGACGUACAACAUAAUUUUUUCUAAUGGUUUAAUCGAUUUCAUUAACAGGUUGAAAUUCAUAUCUAUUGUAUUUGUUCUGUCACAAAGGUAAAAUAUACAUGAAAUGACAUUGGAAGAGAAUGUGGGAUAAUAACAACACAACAAGAAAGUUGUAUCCGCGGUCGAAAGUUCAACGGUUCCCGAGACGCAUGCGCAGUAAAGCGAGUUGGCGCGGAACACCCGGAUGUGCUGCCGCACGAGCACGAUACGGUAGAAGGAAGAGGCAUGACGCCAUGUUUUGAUGUCGUCAUCCCCCCCCAAACCGCUGUUUCUCGAGCAGAGCACAAUAGUCUGACAGUGUUUUUUCUGUUGUGCGCCUCGUGUUCUGUGUUCCUUGGUGGCCGUUUUGGCGUGCUCCAUUCGUCAUCCCCAUCGUCGCGUCAAAUGUUGGAUGCUUGCCUUCGAGGCUAACGAUUGUUCCUGUGGGUUGACGGUCCCUGAAGGAGGCCCUUCGUGUCUUUUCAUGUUCGGGGAAGUAACCGCGGAGCGGGGGGAUCCGCGAGCGUCGUCUACGUAGUGGUAGUAUCCUAGUGCGGGGAGGACGAGCGAUCACGGUCCUCCACCGAACGAUUAAUUCAAGUGGUUACGUCACACAAUCUUGAGCUGGGCUUUCGAAAGAAACGAUUUACUAAAGAAGUGGACGGCGACGACGACGGGGACGAGGACGACGGCCCUGCUAAAAUGGAGCUGCGCCUGCACUCGCCAGCCGGAGCAGAACCGAUCGUCUAUCAAUGGCCCCUCACCUCCGGAUCCGGAUCUGAUCGUCACGAUGGUGCACUUGAUGUUGUUGAAACAAUGAGAUGGGUUUGCGAAGAUUUGCCAGAUUUGAAACUACCAUUAGAAAAUAACAUUUUAUGUGAUUAUGACACAAGAGAUUAUGAAAGUAUGAAAAAUUUGUGUGACAAAUUUAAUAGAGCAAUUGAUAGUUUAGUGCAACUGGAGAAAGGUACCAGUUUACCAUCUCAAAGAUUGAAUAAACGACCCAGUCGAGGUUUAUUAAAACACAUACUCCAGCAAACAUAUAAUCAAGCAGUAGUGGAACCAGACAAAUUAAAUCAAUAUGAGCCAUUUUCACCGGAGGUAUAUGGAGAAACAAGUUAUGAACUUGUAUGUCAAAUGAUUGAUCAGAUUGAUGUAACAGAAGAUGAUGUUUUUGUUGAUUUGGGAUCUGGAGUUGGUCAAGUGGUUCUUCAAAUGGCUGCAGCAACUUUAUGCAAAAUUUGCAUUGGUGUUGAAAGAGCUGAUGUACCAUCAAGAUAUGCACAAAGUAUGGAAGUAAACUUUCGCAAAUGGUUAAAUUGGUAUGGAAAAAGAUGCGGUGAAUAUCGUUUGGUAAAAGGCGAUUUUUUAGCUGAUGAACAUCGUGAAAGCAUUACUGGAGCUACGAUAGUGUUUGUUAAUAAUUUUGCAUUUGGUCCAACGGUGGAUCAUCAACUAAAAGAACGAUUUGCUGACUUACGAGAUGGAGCUCGGAUUGUAUCGUCAAAGUCAUUUUGCCCUCUCAAUUUUCGCAUAACAGAUAGAAAUCUUAGUGAUAUUGGUACAAUAAUGCAUGUGUCGGAAAUGUCACCACUAAAAGGUUCUGUCUCGUGGACUGGUAAACCAGUGUCUUAUUAUCUACACGUAAUUGAUCGUACCAAGUUAGAACGUUAUUUCCAUCGCUUAAAGAAUAAUAAACAAGGUGGCGAUGAAAAUUCUGAUUCUGUGAUAAAUAACACUGCCAGCAAUAGUAAUAAGAUUAUAAAUAGAGGAGAAAGAGGUGACAGAGCUAAACGAGAUCUUUCAAGACAGCUAGAAAGUCCGAAUCAUUCGGAGCAACAAGGAACAAAUAGCGAUUCAGAUCCAGAUGAAAGUAAUAUUAAAAAUCGUCGGCAACCAAAUAAGAUCCGCAGGAAGUUAAAUAGGAAAUCUAAUGGUAUAACUAGACCUCCUGCUAGAGGUAGACAAAGAGGGAGAGGAGUAAAGAAAUCGAAGCCCAAGAAAACAAUUAAUAUUUCUGGUUUAGACUUACUGCAUAGUCAAACAUUGCUUAGUACAUCUCCACAAGCUUUGGGAAAGAAACCACCGCCCGCACCUGGUUGUGUGGAUCAACAACUGUCCUCAUUAUCACUUUCAUUACAGUCACACUCCACUUCUGUGCAUGAAGAACUUAGUAUACCACCUGCUCCGUCCGCAACUCCAUAUGCAUUACAGAUACUUUUGGACUUGUACAGGGACCAAUUCAUGCUUAUGUUAGAAUCGAUGAGAACACCUUCGUACAGAAUAUCAGUUAAUACAGAUAUUGCAAAAGAAAGAGAAAGAAAUUCAAAAUUACAAUCAAGAGCGGCACAAUUAGAGAAACAAAUAAAAGUAUUAAUUGAUGAUAGCGUAGCACUUUUAAAAGCAAGAAUGACCGAGUUAGGUAUAAAUGCGACAUCGCCUGGAGAUUUACUUGCAAAAGCUAAGGAAAUUGUUCUUAGACAUAAACAAUUGCAAGCUAAAGCAAGUAAGCUACAGGCCCAGGUUGCAUCUAUGGAAAGUGAACAAUCGAGAUUAACUGCUCUUAGACAUCAAGAAUUACAAGAGAAGUAUAGUAAUCUCGCAAAUACGAAUGGUAUAUCAAAUCCACCACAGCCACUUACUCAGGAUUAUAUAUUGAAAGAAAUUUCUGCGACUUUAUCUCAACGUAAACGAUUACAUUGUCAGGUAUCCAAAUUGGAACAUGAACUAAAUGUAUUGGAAAGAGCAAGCAAUGAAAAACAGGUUGCUGCGAUAGCUCAGCAGCAAAGAGAAGUGUUAGGUUCUAAACAUUCGCAAAGUCAACAUCAUCAUCAGCAGCAAAAUGGAAAAAGCGGAUCAUCGCGGAAAAAUAGAGAAGGACGUUCUAGGUCGCAAGAAUGGCCUGAUGUUCCUGAUAUCGGAAAAAUACAGGAGAAUAAUCCAGAAAUAUUAGCGCAAAAGAUUUUGGAGACCGGCAGGCAAAUAGAAGCUGGCCGAAUAUUAAACAGACAAAAUAGUAGUACUAGUAGUAAUUCUAGAACCCGACUGCCACAAGCAUCUCUCAGUUUUUCUACUACUUCAUCAUCUAUUUCAUCCUCACAAUCACAGAUAAAUAAUAAAGAAGUAACGAAUAGAACUCAGGAACCUCCAAGAGUAGCAAAUUUCGAAGAUAGGUUAAAGAGUAUUAUUACAAGUGUUUUAAACGAAGAUCAACAAAAUAGAAAUAAACAACAACAAAUGCAACUACAGGUGCAAUUACAAAAUCAGACUGAGCCAGAUAGAAAACGUAUUGCAUUAUCACAAAAUGUUUCUACUCCUGAUUAUACACAGGUUUCACCUGCGAAGUUGGCACUACGUCGUCAUCUUUCUCAGGAACGUCUUUCGUCUCAUUUAACACCAUCUGACAGGCCAACAAUCGACUCGAGGCAAUCGAGUCAUGACAAUCGUAUCGCAACAGGAGGAAAUGGACUACUUGGUACUAGAACGAUUGGAGAUUUAGUUAGUGGAGAAAUAGAAAGAACGCUGGAAAUAUCUAAUCAAUCUAUAAUAAAUGCAGCUGUUGAUAUGAGCGCAAUGAUAAGGCCAGAAACCGUAUAUUCUCCCAUUAGUAGACCAGCUAGUGCAGAAGGUGAUGCUGGUUUAUCAACUUUAGCACACGUAGCAAGUUACGCUCCAACUUCCUCUGCAGUUUCAACUUGUACUCCUACCACAAGUUCAAGAUCAUCAGUGUUAUUUACUCCAGUAACACAACCACAAAGAUAUACACCAGUUCAGUUACCUCGUGCAGACAUCAAACCUUAUCAUGAAUCAUAUUUCUCUGACAAUCCUUCUCAGUCGCUCACACAGGCCCAUCCUCCAUCGUCAUUGCAUACAUCACAGGCUGCAUCAAAUGGCGAGCUUUUGCCAGUAGAAGGAUUAGCUGCAUCUUUGCAUGCUCGCAUAUUAAAUAAUCACAACACAAAGACCGAGUCAUUGUUGACUACGAAUAGAAGAUUUCAACCGUAUCCUCGAUAUGCAACCAGUAGCAACAACAAUGGCAGCGCAGUAACAAAUGGUAUCGUGACAGCUAUUUGUCAAUCACAAUCAAUGUCAGUAAAAACAGAGGCAGUUGUAUCAUCAGUAAGCACAAGCGGAGCGCCCUUGAGUCCUCUUGUAGAACCGCAUUCUAAUACGUCUACGCCGCUAGUCGAUGAACCUCAAAUGACAACGCAGAGGCAACGAAACGGUAUUGGCGAUGACGACGGAGAAGCGGAUUGGCAAGAUCGCAUCAGUUCCGGAUUUGAUAGACUAGUUGCGUUCGCAUCGACAGAAUUAGAUAAGCGAAGAAGAUCUACAGAGGGAGUAAACACGAGUCCUGAUAGCGGUUUAGGAUCAGAUAGCACGGUAACGGGACCUCCGCCAGUGAUACCAUCGCCAGACGAAGCACUGGGACCUCCACGUACACCUUCACCGACCAGUCCUCGUCCACCGAAUCCCUCCAAUAGUAGCACGAGCAGUAACAGCAGUAGUAGCAGUAGCACAUCUUCGGUGCCUCUAAAAUAUCAACGUCAACCGGAUCCGGAACGGCAUCAUUUUAAGAAAAAGUUUUUUCAUAGAGAUUGGAGCAACUCUGGAAGUACCAGUAAGUUUCGUCCUAAAGGCAAGGAUUGGGAUUGGAAUCAUUCGGGACAGUGGUCUUCGAACGACGAAUAAUUUUAAUCGACUUUUUAUAUGUAUCUUGGAAAACGACUAUAUUAAGCUUCUUAAUGGGUUCUUUCUUGUUAAGUUCACAGAAUUAAGUUGAUUGCAAAGCUACAUUUUCUUGGUUACACACGCAAUGGAACUCCAUUUGUUGGAAUGAAAUUUUAGUUAGCACUAAAUAACUGUACUCCUGCCAAUUGAUUCUAUUUAUACAAGCAUGAAUUCAUUAUUCGAGUGAAAUCGUAGAGGAAAAUUAGUGAAUUUUUAUUAUAUGAAUCCUAGUUAUAUGAACUGUUUGCUCCUCCGUAUAUUCAGAUAAAUGGAGUUCCACUUGUUAUUUCUUUUCAUAGUAGAAUGAUUAUCUUUCCUUUCUUUUCCUGCUCUUCGCAGUGUGGUGUUUAAAAUAACUUUAAAUUAUUUCAAAAUAUGCAACGCGGCUACGAAUCAUAGUUUUCGUAUAUGAUUUAAAAUGUUUCUCUUUUUUUCGUUACUUGUUUUGUUUUGUACUAGAGAGAGAACAACAUUCGAAUAAAACGAAUGGCGUUAUAGUUUAUUUUUACAUAAUUUGGACUUUGUAUUUAUUUGUAUUUAUUUAAUGAAAAUCUUGAUUACAGGGCUAAACAUACUGCGAAAUUUUUUCAAAAUGUAUUUCGAUUCUAAAAUCUAUUUAAUAUUUAGCUGUAAACACACGCGUAUUUUAAAACGUGAAGGAUGUCGAAAAUUCUGUUAUACAUUACUCACUGAUAAACAUUUAAAAUUAAUGUUAUUAGCUGCUACAUUUUUUGAUACAAAGAAAACAAUAAUUUAGGAGAUAAUCAUUAUGGAUUUAAUAUAUGAACAUACGGUGAGAAUGUGUUUGCCUUCAUAAAAUAUAUGCUAAUACCAUAGAGAUUAUAUUCCUUUAAAAAAAAGAAGAGGAAAAAUUAAACAAUUUGUAAAUGGACUCAUCUAUAAUUAUGGUACGUGAUUAUUGCAUAUAAAAUGUAAUAAGGUAAAAGAAAGUGCUGUGUAAAACAUGUACCAUAUAUUAUGAGCGUUGUAGUUAAUGAAACUAGCCGGCAAAACAGAAAGGGAAAAAGCUACCAAAACCUAUGUGUGUUCGUAGCAAAUAUUCGCUGCAUAUUUUAUGCGCAGCUCUGUGUCCCCCAAUUAUUUCCGGAGGAUACAGUUAUCGAAGUGUUCACUGUUGCUCAUAAAUGAUAUGACAACAGACAGCGAAGAAUAGUCAUUUCACUAUCGGAAGCUAAUUAAUAAGUCUAAUUAAUAAUUUAUCUUUCUGUUUUCGUUUUGUUUCUGUUUUCUUUUUUUUUUUCU